AUGUCGGUCGCCCGUAGACAGGCCCGUAAACAGGAAGCCUUCCAGACCCGUGUCGCCGCCGCCCGCCUGGCUCGCGACCGUGACCACCAAGUCUUCGAACCCAACGGUGAGGAGGACCGCUACUUCCGCCCCAACUCCCAGAUCCUCAGCUACCUCGGCUCCUACACCAAGGGCCUGCCUCACAACCGCCGCACGGCCCUCGUCACCUCGCCGAACCACUUCGUCCGCUUCGUCCGAGCCAUCGACUCUGGUGAACCAGCCGACUUCAUCAAGGUCCCGCUCGGCCCGCGCCCGGCCCUCGAGUUCGAGUCUGAGGAAGAGUGCCGCGCCGCCAACCUCUUCAAGUCCGGCAUCGCCGGCCGCAACAACACCUUCCCGUCCUCCUGCCUGCGCGCAUGGGAGAGCAUGGGCGCCGGCCUCGUCUUCGACCUGGAGGGUCCGGACGCCCAGGCCGUCGGCAUGCCGCCCGCCCCCACGCUGGACAGCGACGAGCUCGUCGCCGAGAUCUCCGAGGUCUACUGGAUGGCCCUGCUGCGCGACGUCCGCUUCACUGAUUUCACCAACCCUGGCCCGAUCGGCAGGGCCGUCAACACCCUCAACAGGACCACCUGGAUCCGCGCGGCACGGGACCCCCCUGACUCGCUCACGCCGCAGGAGCGCGCCCGCCUCCGCGGCCCGUUCAACCCGAGCAACAUCUUCCGCGGAACCCUCCCCGGAGAUGACGUCGGCCCGUACCUCUCCCAGUUCCUGCUCGUGGGAACUGAGGGUAUUGGCGGCGCGCAGGACAGGGCUGACGGGUUUAUUAGCUACGGCGCCCACCGCAUCGACCAGCGCGUGCGUCACGCGACAAAGGAGCUCGACUACAUGACCUCUUGGGAGGCCUUUUUGGACGUCCAGAACGGCGCUGACGUUGCCGGUCGCGAUACCUUUGAGUCGGGCUCUGACGCCUUCCGCUUCAUCACGACCCCCCGUGAUCUCGCCACGUACGUCCACUUUGACGCGCUCUACCAGGCCUAUCUCAAUGCCUGCCUGAUCAUGCUCGACAGCGGCGUGAAGUUUGAUAAGGGUAUUCCGUUUGGUGAGCCAGACUUCAAGGAUCAUCAGCAAGGCUUCGCUCACUUCGGAGGACCGCAUAUUCUCUCCCUCGUCACAGAAGUUGCCACAAGGGCUUUGAAGGCCGUUCGCUUCCAAAAGUUCAACACGCAUCGCCGUCUGCGUCCCGAGGCCGUUGGUGGCCUGAUCGAGCGAUUCAACAGCAACCCUGACGACCCUCAGUUCCAGGAUGUGAAGCCGUUGUUCGAAGCGCUGGAUGAGGAUAUGAUGCGCCGCGUUGCUCGUCACAACAGGGAACAGAACCAAGGCUCUGACUUUGGCAUGCCGCGUGCCGACGACUUCAACCCCGCCGGUGACACUCUCGAGACGAUGCUGUUGCCCAUGGCUUUCCCCGAGGGAAGUCCGAUGCAUCCGUCGUACGGUGCCGGCCAUGCCACUGUGGCCGGGGCUUGUGUUACCGUGUUGAAGGCGUUCUUCCAGCACGACACCGAGCUCGAUUUCUGCUUCGUUCCCAGUAAUGACGGAAGCCGUCUUGUCGACGCCAGCCACAACAUGAAUAAGAAAUUGACUGUAGAGGGAGAGUUGAACAAGGUCUGCUCCAACAUCAGCAUUGGCCGCAACUGGGCUGGCGUUCAUUACUUUACCGACUACAUUGAGUCGAUUCUGCUCGGCGAACAGAUCGCGCUAGGCAUCUUGGAGGAGCAGAUGUUGACUUUCCCCGAAACCUUCACAAUGACCGUCCCUCUCUUCAGCGGCGAAUUGAAGGUCCUCCGCUCGACCUGAUCCUUGGAACGGCGUACUGAAGUUGAGGAACAACUUGCAGUAGUGAACACCUCCAUAGAUCCCCGUCCCAUUCCCCCCUAUUCCUUUCUGAUAUCUGCUUGUAAUGGUUGUUCUAUUGACAAUGAAGCGCUUAGGCUCAUAUCUGUGUAACAUAUCACAACUACUGACUUUCAAGUAAUAGAAUAAACCUCGUUUUGUAUG